UUUUGUCUACACACACAAACGAAAUACAUACACUUGUGCAUAGUAAUGCCGGUUAGACAGAACAGCGCCAAAAAACCGUAGUAGCCGCUUCGUAGUGCAUCGUGCAUCGUAGUAUGUAGUAUAAUAACAAACAAAAGCGCGUUGGUUGGUUCAUCUCUGAGCUCACGUGUCCAUUGUUGUCCCGGUCUCCAUCACAUACCAUAUCACUACCGGGCAGUAAUUCUAUAUAACAACAAUACACGGCUAUCAAAAUAAAAAAAAUAACUUUUCUUGAAAAAUAUAACAUUCUUGAAGUAAAGUAAAUUCUCACGCAUUAAGUUUUAUUAAAUUUGUCACUUGUCAAGCUAGCAAUCGUUUAUUGUUUAUUGAUAAAAAUAUCCGUAUUCGCUACCCAAAUUCACUCUUGAAAAUAAAUGGCGUCAGUGUUGAAAGUAGCCGUGGUUUGUUAUUAAAAAAAAUUAUUUUUUCCGUUUAUUAUUUUAUUUUUGUACUUUGCCAUCAUCAAUUAAUAAUUACCUUUAACACGAUAAUUUAUUAUAUUAACAAAAAAAAAUGAACCAAGACGACAUUGACAUGCCGUGCUCGUUGCCGUGCUCGUUACCAGACACCCAACCAGUUGAUUUCUUAACACAAACUCAAUCUCAGGAUGUUCUUUCGCAACCCCAGCCACUGGGAAUUUGGGGACAGUUGAACCCUGCAAGAAGAGUGUCAAAACCUGAUGUUUACAAUGCACCAUUCAUUAAUUUGACGAAGGAUGAAUACACCCUAGGUAGAAACACAGAUUGUGACAUUUGUUUCAGUGAUGAAAGAAGCGAAAUUAAAUUGGCCAAACAUUAUCAAAUAAUCAGCAAAGUGCACUGCAUUAUUACAAGAGAAGUUAUUAACAAUAAUAAUGACGUUGUUAUUUUUAUUCAAGACAAGUCUUCCAAUGGGACGUACGUUAAUAGGAAGUUAGUUGGUAAAGAAAAAAAAAUAGCUCUUGAUCAUGAAGAUGUUAUUUCAUUCGCAAGGCCUGAGAAUGCUGUUUACACAUUUAUAAGUAUAAAAGCUUAUGAAACAAGUGGUUUGCCUGAUACAUUGAGGUCUAAGUACAUUUCAUUGAAAACACUUGGUUCAGGCGCUUGUGGCGUUGUAAGAAUGGUGUAUUCCAAACAACUAAACAAAUCAUUUGCUGUCAAAGAGAUCUCUAAAAAAAAAUCUGGGAUUGUGUCCAGGUCACCGUUCGAUGAUCCUGACCGGAUUAUGAACGAGGUUAAAAUACUACAAGCAUUAAAGAACCCGUUCAUAAUAAAAAUGGCUGAUAUAAUAGACACGCCAUCAAAUUUAUUUAUUGUUCUCGAAUUGAUGGAAGGCGGCGAAUUAUUUGAUCGAAUCCGAGUUAAUUCUGGGUUAUCUGAGCAGCAAGCUAAAUUUAUUAUUUACCAAAUAACACACGCUGUAAAUUAUUUGCAUAAUCACGGUAUAACUCACCGAGACCUAAAGCCAGAGAACAUUUUAUUAGCAUCAGAUGACGAGUACCCGCUGGUUAAAGUAUCUGACUUUGGUUUAUCUAAAUUCGUUGACGCUCAGACAUUUAUGAAAACGUUCUGCGGUACUCCGAUGUAUGUAGCGCCAGAAAUAUUGAAAACAAGUGGACGUGGCGCUUACACUAAUCAAGUUGAUGUCUGGAGUCUUGGUGUAAUUCUCUAUGUGACACUCAGCGGCUACGUUCCUUUUGCCACAGACUGCAAAGAGACAUCCCUUCAAGAGCAAAUAGUCCAAGGCAAUUACAGGUUCCCUCAGAACAAGUUUGGUAAAGUCUCGUCUGCCGCCGUUAGAUUGAUUAAAAACAUGAUGACUGUUAAUCCCGUUAAGAGAUUGACAAUAAAACAAGUAAUGACUGAUCCAUGGUUGGAGGAUUGGGUUAUAAGGCAGCGCAUUAACAAGUUGAUCGCCGAUUACAACACUGAGAAUGAGAAUCAAUCUCCAAAUAUUCCUUUGGUUGGUGAACUGUCACCGCCAAGACCACCGGUUCAACAACAGCCUUUAGUACAACGGCAGAUGCUGAGACAAGACCAAUUGCAAAUACAGAGGCAGCAAUAUUUACGUCGGCAUCAUUUAAUUCAAGAAGAGCAGAGAAGGCAACAACAGCAACAGCAGAACCAGCUUAUUAUUUUGCAACAACGAGCUUCCGUAGCAGCAGUUAAUCAAGAUGAUGAUCGAGAUGAGGAAGCUGAAAUGAGUGAUUCAUUCGAAGUGUGUCACAUUGAUAAACGACCUCGAUGCGAAUAAAAUUUAAGAUUGAGUAUUUAAAAAUCUAAGGGCUCGAUUUAAGAUUUUGAUUUUAAUUUUCUCACAAGUAUUACAAGUACAAAGUAUCAGUUGGUUUGUUUAAAAUGUGCAUUAAUUUUAUACAAUUAAAAUAUUUUUUACUUCUUAAUUUAAUAUUAAAGUAAUGAUUAGCUGUUAUUUAUUGACGCCAUGUAAUUGUGCUGAAUUUAAGCGUUAACUAUUGAGAUUUAUUUAUGAGUAUUAAUUACAGAGAAAAGACUUAAUUUUUAUUGUUAACGUUUAAAGAGUAUUAAUAUUAAGAAUUAUUAUUAAAAUAUAAAAUAGUAAUGUAAAUGCAUAGUUAAUAUCAAAAGUUCCAAAGGGUCUAGUACGAUGUAUGUUUAUAUGUAUGUAUUAAGUGUUAAUUACAUGAUGUUAAUAUUUUCUUUUGAUUCAACUGACUAUUGAUAAUUGAUAAAUAUAUUAAUUCUUCAUAAUAA